ACUUUUAAAAAAUACAACACUUCAGCAGCACAUUCAAAGUAUUUAGAAAACGGAGGUUCUCCUUUCAGUGCUUUAAAUCUUUGCCGCUGUGUAACAAUAAUUGAAACUAAAAGGAAAGCUCAUUAUAACUGUUGCAUCAGAACAGCAAGUGAUAGGAUGGAAUUUCUCCUGCGACAUCUUCCAUCCUAUUAAAACUGUCAUUGGAGAUGCUGAGCCAUAUAAAUAUGCACUUGUUCCUUCCUAACGCCACACAUCCUCUGACUUUCCCAUGAGAUGAAUGUGCCUUGUUACUAGUCACUGGGCAUCGACGCUGGCAGCAGCGAUGGGUGGUGGUGGGGGGGUUGAAGCUGUCUUUGCAUCAAUGAGCCUGUUGAUCAGAAAAGACCACUAGACUGGCAAUGACACAGUCCACCGAUCAGGCCGGAGAGAGUGGAACUCGGCUUUCACCCCCCCAGUCGGUAUUUAAGUCGGCGGUUUGCACCGAUUCUCAGUCUACCUCAGAUACUGAUGCCUGCCAUCGGCUGCGGGACCCCACACCAUGAUCUGGACCGCUGCCUUCCUGGUGAUUGUCGUUCCGUACGCGGAUUCUGAGGACUACUGCUACGAUGAGCCACAUUGUGAUCCUUACGCCUGGGGAGACCUGUUCCCGUCCUGUCACCCGUUACUUGAAGAGCACCACUCUCCCAUCAACCUGGAUCACCGCAUGACCAGAAAUGGCUCUCUGGGGCCUCUACACCUGGAGGGCUUUGACGCCGUCCAAACGGGCCACUGGACGCUGAGGAACGACGGACACUCCGUCGCGCUGCAGGUCGGCAGUGGCAUGUCAGUGAGUGGCGGAGGUCUUCCGGACGUGUACCACACCAUCCAGCUGCACUUCCACUGGGGAGGCCCGGCCACCAAUGGCUCCGAGCACACAGUGGACAGACGCAGAUACCCAAUGGAGAUGCAUGUGGUCAGCAUGAAGUCCAUCCAUCCGAAUCUGACGGCAGCCUUGGAUGAUCCGACAGGACUGGCCGUUCUUGGGUUCUUCAUUGAUGUGGUUUACGCAGACAAUGUGCACUUUGGACACAUAUCACAGAAACUCUCCUCUGUCGCUUACAAAGGCCAAACUUCUAAAAUCAAGCCCUUCCCUCUGAUGAGCCUUCUGCCGAAGCACAACAUGAGUCAGUAUUACCGCUACUACGGCAGCCUCACCACCCCUCCGUGUUCGCAAGUGGUCGUGUGGACUCUGUAUGAAGUCCCCAUCUAUAUCGCAUGGUCACAAUUGGCUCAGUUUACGUCGCAGAUCUUCUCCACCAAGGAGGAUGCGGAGCAGGUGACGCCCCUGCAGAACAACUUCCGGCACGUUCACCCCACCUUCAGUCGCGUCAUCUCCGCGUCCAAAGAGGCCAGACUCCUCACGGGGACGGCCGGUCGUCCCCUCGGGUCAGCUGUGUCAGUGCAGCUGCUUCAGAUGUUUUUACUGGGAAGCUUCUUCUCUACACUCUAGCCCCCUCCUUUUCACGACACAAAACACCAAACAAGUUUCUUUUGCUGUAAAAGAGGGGUUUUUUUUAGGCGUUACUAACAGUUUAUAAUAAUGUGAAAUAUGGAUCACUGGUAGGCCACCAUCAUGUGAGAAUUUACUACUGUAGGCCUUUUGCACCGUCCAGUAGCUUGUUCUGAAAAAGCCACUAUCCUAUGAUAUUAGGUAGUUUUCAUUUGACUUUGGGUCUGAGUUUGUUUGUAGCUGAACAUUAAACAUUCAAAUUAAAGCUUGUUAAUAAUUAAAGAUUUAAAAAGAAAAUACAUUUAAAAAAACAAGAUAUAGAUAAUUUUGAUAGAGGUGGAUGGGAAUUUUAAUGUUCCUUGCAAGUUCUUUUGGUCAUAAAACAUAGUACUAAACAAAAUAAAAUAUGAACCUGAUGGUGGCGCUAGACGACAAGUUAUUUUUGUGUCACUUGCAUGGCCAAAAAUACUAAGUAGAAAAAGUGAGCAUUAGUCAUAUUGUCUGUUUGGCUCUUGUUAACACAAAUAUUUUUCUUAGUGCUUAUUUCCGUAUUUUCAGAAAUAAAAAAUACAGUAGAAUCGUCUCCCCUACAUCCAACAUGCAAACCAUUCUUUCAUUCAUGAACAUUUAUUAAACAUAUCUCGCCCUGACCCAUCUGCAUCAAUGUAAACUAAGCAUCGUGCCGAGACAGACUUCAAGUAUGCAAAUAAAAUAUAAAAUCAUGAUACAUAGACUGACACUUAAAUGUCAGUGUAAGUUCACAACUUUUUUAUUUUAUUGAACAUGUUGUAAGAAUUGUCUGUAUUCACACAAUAAAAUCAUUCUGUGUCACA